AUGACCAAAUCAACACAAUCUGAUGCUAGGCUUAACAGAUGUCUUAAUGACAUAUUUUUACCUGACUCAAGAAUUGAAGAGGUAAUAAUGGCUCCAUAUAAAGAAACUAAUAGUUUAGCUACUAAAUGUGAAAAAGUAUUAAAUAAAAUAACUACAUUGGGGAGAAAGCAAGGAAGAAUUGAAAAACUAAUGUAUUCUUAUUAUAUUGGAGAAGAGUUACUAAAAUAUAAUAACUAUAGAGAGAAAUGGAGGGUUGUAGUAAAAGAAAAAAAAUUUAUGAGCGAAAAAAGGCAUUUUACAAAUGCUAUAAGAGUAUACAGACUUUUUAAAUUAGUAAACAAAGAAAGGAUUUACAACACUAUUUAUUUGAAUUCCAAUGUAAUUGGAGAAUUGUCUGCAACUGACUAUAAAAA